GGCAUGAGUCGGCUACCCUACACUUUUCCUUUCCCAUUUAUAAUCCUUUGAUUUAAUCAACACAUCAAUUCAAUAUCCAUAUUAUUCAACGUUCCAACUGGAAUAAUUUUUUAAAGAUUUCUUCAGAUUCCUAUCAUUAAUCAUCUAACAGAUUCCUUUUUCUUUUCAUCAGUUUCAGACUACAAGUCCAAAAAAGUAAAAAGGGUAUCUUUCCAAUCUUUGUAUAUAUUUCAACUUUUAUAAUCAAAUUCCCUAACUUCACGUAAGCACACUGUAAACCCCUUUGGACUCCAUUCUUGGUAACUUGUUCUCUUCUUCUCGCUCUUAUUUUGUUUGAUUACAGGAAUGGAGGUCUAAUCGAACCCUAAAAUAAGAAGUUUCGUGUAUUCUUGAUUUAUCGUCAAUUGUGUAUGUUUUUUUGGGCAUGAAAAACCCAAAAACCCAGUUUUAAAAGAAUCCCAGAUUCAUAUGAUCUACCAACUCAAAACAAUCUUGCAAAUUUCUUCUUGGGUUCGGAAAAUCAUAAUCUUUCGUCUAUCUCUGUUUAUACAGUAUGGCAGUUAUGAAUGUCGCUGCUCCAAACGAAACUCCAGUGAAACUUGAGGGGAAGUUUCUUGCAAUUUUGGUAUGUUGGAUUCUUGGAUUUGGAUCUUUGGUCGCAUGGAAUAGUAUGUUAACCAUAGGAGACUACUACUAUGAGUUAUUUCCAGAUUAUCAUCCAUCAAGAGUACUUACCUUGGUCUACCAACCCUUCGCAAUAGGAACAAUAGCAAUACUUGCAUAUAACGAGUCAAAAAUCGACACUAGGAAACGUAACAUUGCAGGAUACAUCUUAUUCUUUUUAUGCACUUUAGCCCUCAUUGUGAUAGAUUUAGCCACAUCAGGGAAGGGUGGAAUUGGAAAUUACAUCGGUAUAUGUGUUUUUGUUGCCGGAUUUGGAGUAGCCGAUGCUCAUGUUCAAGGUGGAAUGGUUGGAGACUUAGCCUUCAUGAAGCCAGAAUUCAUGCAAUCAUUUUUUGCGGGUUUGGGAGCAUCCGGUAUUGUAACAUCGGGUUUAAGGCUAAUUACAAAAGCCGCAUUUGACAAAUCUCCCCAUGGUUUACGAAAAGGGGCAAUUUUAUUCCUCGGAAUCUCAACAUUCUCUGAGUUUCUUUGCAUUCUUCUAUACGCCUUUGUGUUUGGUAAAUUACCGAUUGUGAAAUAUUAUCGCACAAAAGCAGCAAAAGAAGGAUCAAAAACUGUUUCAUCUGAUCUCGCAGCUGCAGGCAUCCAAACUGAAUCAAAUGGAACAACUGAUAUCGAUGCUAAGGUUCCUGAACGAUUGAGCACUAAACAACUUCUCGUCAAAAACAUCGAUUAUGCAUUGGAUUUGUUCUUGAUAUAUGUCCUUACUCUCUCCAUUUUCCCUGGAUUCUUGUAUGAAAAUACAGGACACCACCAAUUGGGUUCAUGGUACCCUCUUGUUCUAAUAGCAAUGUACAAUGCUUGGGAUCUGAUAUCCAGAUACAUUCCUCUAAUCGGGUUUCUUAAGAUUGAAUCAAGAAAAUGGCUAAUGAUUGCUACAUUGGCACGUUUUUUAUUUGUUCCAGCAUUUUAUUUCACUGCAAAAUAUGGUGAUCAAGGUUGGAUGAUCAUGCUUAUAUCCUUACUUGGAUUGACAAAUGGUUACCUCACUGUAUGUGUCAUGACUGUAGCUCCUAAAGGUUGCACGGGUCCAGAAGCAAAUGCAUUGGGGAACAUUUUGGUAAUGUUUCUUCUAGGUGGAAUAUUCGCGGGUGUGGCUUUAGAUUGGCUAUGGAUAAUUGGGAAUGGAAAAUUUUGAAGGACAAAUCGUGAUUGGAAUGAUUUUAAUUGGUUGAUGAAUUUUUAGUUAUAGAUCUUGAUUUGUUAUUUGAUAUUCGCGAACUCGGAAAAAUAUAGUUAAAGUUGAUAUUUAUGUGGCUAAGGUAUAAGGAUGCACGUGUCUAAAGGGUAAAGGUUCUUUGAAUAUAGGAUUUUUUUUUUUUUUUUUUUUUUUUUUUUAAAUCUUGUAAGUUUUGUUUAUUGUGUGUUGUUUAUGUUGAAAUGUGUUGAUACAAUCAUACAAUCAUAAAGUCAUAUAUUCUAAGCGAA